CCACACUACACUGCCGCUCCCUCGUGUGUUAGGUUUCUCUCUAUCGUCAGCCUUCACCUCAAGGGUGUGACGAGUGCUCACUCCCGCUCGCACUUCCCGCACACACACACGCACACACGCACACACUCCUUCCUUCCCUUUCCCUUCCCAUCUCCGAUCUCUGGAGAUCGAGGGUUUGAUCUCAAUCAUGAUGGAACUGGAUGGAAAUGAGUACGAUCGCUAUCUGGCCGCGACUAAUGCUUUCUCGAACCUGCCCACCGGAAGGAAUGCAAGUGCCCGGGGGGUCAACGGUCACAGUCCACAUGGUCAUAGCGCUGUUGACAGGCCUGGAGUGGGUGGUCGACGGGCGUCAACGCCCGGCAUGGUUGGCGCCGUGGGAAUGGAUGAGAUUGUAGCUGAGAACGCACGCGAGUUAAGGCGGAGGUCCCUAGCUAAUGGUUUUAACCUGGACUUUAUCGGGGUUGACGACUCGGAUGCUGAAACCUUCUCGCGGAUGGUGAGUCCCGGAGCCUUCAGUGGUGGUGACAUGGGCCAGAUGGGUAAUGAAAUGGGGCGGUUACCGACCACAAUUGAAUCCUUCUCUGAAAUGGAUGCCUCCGCCCCCGAACUGGGUUCUGUGCGAAUGAUGGGGGUGGGGAAUAUCUCGGGUCCCGAAAUCCAAUCUUCAAUAUCGAUGUAUGCCGAUCCACAAGUGCUAUCGGGAACAUCUCACUCUAGUCCCGUGACCAAUUCCAUGGCGGUCUCAGUACCCCAAAGUCCAGUAGGCCCACAAAUGCCUGGCUCCCCUCUGGGCCCCGGUUCUCACGGCCACCGGAUGUCGGUCGACUCCAUAACAUCUGCUCCCAUGGCCCAAAUGCACAUGGCCCAAAUGUCAAACCCGGGGAUGGAUCAAUCCCUUAUGGACCAGAUGGGAGGUGGGUCUUUAUAUAUACUUGCUUAGCCUCGAUCUCCAACGUAGAAACUCUAACAUUUUCGAUUGUCAGGGAUGACACCUUCGUCACAGUACUCCCCGAUGGACGUCAGUAAGCACUUCACAGAGACCACAUACUCUUCUACGGGUUUCGAUAUGCUGGGAAUCUUGGUUAGCUUGAACUUAUUCAUGUCUUCUUUCAUGAGACUGCUUCAUCCUAUUUUUGAUGGAGCCUCCUCCCCUGGGCCUGCCGUUGUCGCUAAUACAAGUACCAUCACGAAUACAGUAUAGGGUGGCAAAUAGACCUAAUCCGCAAAUCAACAUCGGAGCCGUAGACCUGUCUUGCUCCUUCGUCGUGACAGAUGCACGGAAAUUCGACAACCCAAUCGUGUACUGCAGUGCCACAUUCGAACGUUUGACUGGCUACACAAAGCACGAGAUUCUGGGUCGAAAUUGUCGAUUCCUCCAAGCCCCCGAUGCAAAGAUUGUCCCGGGCGUGAAGAGGAAGUACGUCGACGAUGAUGCCGUUUACUACCUCAAGAACCAGAUCCAGGCAAAAAAGGAGGCUCAAACAUCGCUCAUCAACUACCGCAAAGGAGGGCAGCCAUUCACCAAUCUUUUGACCAUGAUCCCCAUCACAUGGGAUAGUCCGGAGGUUGUUUAUUUCGUUGGCUUCCAGGUAGACUUGGUUGAGCAGCCCGGAGCAAUGGUCAACCGAAACAAAGGUACGAAGCCAGUUCCCCCCCCACUCCCAAUCAAUGGAUUUGGCGAUUUACGGAGCUGACUGAGUAGGAUCAGACGGAUCGUUCGCGAUCAACUACCAAUACAGCCAAUUACCAACCUACGUUCCAGCCGCUGCCGCGGCAUUGGUCAUGGACCCGGCGAGGUCAGGACUGACGGUUGCUAGGGACGAUGUUUCUCAUGUACUGAGUUCAUUCGGCAGCGGGGAUGAGUUCCAUUCCAAGAGGAUACUCGACAAAGUUCUCCUGGAGAAUACCGACGAUGUGGUGCAUGUUCUGUCGCUGAAGGGCCUCUUCCUGUACUGUUCCCCAAGCAUAAGAAAGGUUUUGGAGUAUGAACCCCAGGAACUUGUCGGAACUAGCCUCUCCGCUGUCUGUCACCCCAGCGACAUUGUACCCGUGACAAGAGACUUGAAGGAUACAUCUUCGAGCACUUCGGUCAAUGUGGUGUUCCGGAUUCGACGAAAGUUCAGCGGGUAUACGUGGUUUGAGAGCCAUGGUAGUCUACACACAGAGCAGGGAAAGGGCAGAAAAUGCAUCAUCUUGGUUGGAAGGGAACGGCCAGUCUACAGGCUCGGUUGGAAGGAGGUUCAGGUCACCGGAGGAAUUGGAGACAAUGAGCUUUGGACAAAAAUGUCAACCAGCGGGAUGUUCCUUUUCGUCUCGUCUAAUGCCAAGACAUUGCUUGACCGGGACAGUGAGGAGUUGACAGGCACAAGCGUUCAAGCACUCAUGAGGCCCGAUUCAAAGAAUGAACUCGGAAGGGCACUGGAGAAUGCAAGGAAUGGAACAAAGGCGACCGUUAAGCACGAGAUUCAAAAUAAGCGGGGACAAUUUUUACAGGCCCUCACGACCUUGUUUCCGGGCGAUGGCACGGAAAGCCAGAAACCCACUUUUCUCGUUGCGCAGACGCGGCUGCUGAAACAUACCCGAGCCUCGGCUGGCAGCCCGACAAAGAAUCACCAAUCUGAUGCGCUGAGUUCUGCAGCAUCCACGCCCUCGUGGAGCAACAACUCGCCCAAUCAAGCUGCCCAUAUGACAAAUGGGGUUGAUAAGACGCCACCUGAUUCCCGCGAAAACAGUGCGGAAAGUACGGCAGAUGAGAACUUGUUUGAGGAACUCAAAACGACCCGUUCAACGAGUUGGCAGUUUGAGCUCAGACAACUGCAAAGGACGAAUAAGAGACUAGUGGAGGAACUGAGCAGCCUCGUGGCCUUACGCAAGAAGAGAAAGAGGAGAAAGGGGGUGGACCAACUCGAGAAGGAUUGCGCCAACUGCCACACUCGAGUUACCCCGGAAUGGAGGAGAGGGCCGAGUGGGAAGAGGGACCUGUGCAACAGCUGUGGACUGCGGUACGCCAAAUUGGUAAGCUCUCUCCCACAAAGGGCAGCCUUAUGCAGUACUCACGUGCUACGUUUGACCCCUAUUGGGUCGAUGGUGAUGCGCUAACCGUGGGAAAAUAAGAUUGGACGAGUAUCCCCACGAACUGCAACCUCAAAUUCAGACAAGGGCAACACAAGCCCUACACAAUCCCAAUCAUCGCCAAUCACCACCCACUCUAUGGGAGACUCCACUCAUUUGUCCUCGGCAAAGACUGCAGGAAUGACACCGAUACCGAUAUCGCCUGUGCAUCAGCAACUGAGGCGCGCAAGCAUGAGCGGGAACAUGCCGACGCUCCAGCCACAUCCUACCUCAGUACCUCACAUCAACGGGAAUGGAGAGAUAGAGAUGAAGGUCAACGGGUCAUGACAGACGUUUGUGUGAAAUGGGCAACCUUUUCUUUUCUUUUCUUUUCCCUGCCCACUUGCCCUUUCUCUUGGCCUCUUAACCGUCCCGUCCCCCUUGCCACUACUUGUGUUUAUAUUCCAUUACAACCACCCCUCUCCCAAUUCCAUCUGUUAGUUUCGACAUUACCUUGUCCUGAUUGUACUCUACUCCCAAUUGUCGAGAGUUAGUAAUGGGGUUUUGUAUGAAAAUUCGCUUGUUUUCGCUUGUUUUUUCCCUAAUUUCUCACCAUUUCCCUUUUCGAUUAUUUCCUGUUUCACCUGUUUUAUUCAUUAUCUCCUAUAAUGCAUUACGGAUCUUUACUUUCUCUGUUUUUCGUCUUACCCAAUCCAUCCCAAUUUCCCCCACCUUCUCGCCAUCAACUGCUCCCCAUGGGUCCAUUCAACCAGUUGACGUGCUCUCACUCGGAAAAUACCAAAGCUUUCGUCCCCCAUCACCUCCAGGCACCCACCUCUCUCCCUCCCUUUGCCCCUUCACCCAGGGUAAGACGGAAAGAGGCGAGAAGAAAGGAGAAAACCGAUAUUUCCGGCGUUAAGCUCGACCAAAAUUACCAUUUUUGUCUUCGUUCUCAUCCUCAUUCAUACUUCCUUUCCAUUAUGUGCCCCCCAUUUCUUCCUUUCAUUCCACCGUAUUCUCGACUCUAUCCGUCUAAACGAUCGCUGCAUGGGGUUUGGGUUUUUCGUCUCGGGGUUUUCUUUUAUGAUGCUUGCUCGGGUUUUCUUUUGUCCACCGGAUUGGUUUUCCCACCAGGCGAUCUCGGAAAUAUCAUACUUUUAUAUAUCAUACCAUUCGCUUUUUUCGGUUCGCGGUGUUUUAUUUUGUUCGGUGUCUUUUUCCCCUUUUUUUCUGUCCCCUUUUCCUUUUUCCACGGUCGUUUUGGUAGAAAAGUUGGGUUUUAUUUACUCUUGCCGGGGUCGAUUGGGGAUGGAUGGAUUAUUUCUUGUAGUUUGUCCCGUCUUGUUCUACUCUAUUUUACUCAUUUAUGAUA